AUGGGGAAAAGGGGGUUUUGCAUUAGUUUUAUCAGGCAUUAUUCAGCCUUCCCCACCAGUUACACCAUAGCCCACCACGUCCGAGUUGCUUUGAAUCGGCUGGCUCAAAUGUCUGCACACAGCAAGUGUGCUCGAUUGCCGAUAAACCGGAUAGCCCAGGCAGUCAGCUUGAGCCUGACCCGUUCUUACAUAGCUGUGCCCGGCAUAUUCUCCCUCAUGUGUGGGUCCCACUUAGCGUGGGCUGAGGCCCCCCUCGAAACAGACAUAUCUCAUCCAAGGAGUAAUUUCUAUACUCACGCUGAGGAAAGCCAUCUCUUUCUAACCAGAUUUAUAUGCGCCACGUUCGAAAGCAUUUUCUUGCUGCUUAGAGCUCUUUAUCUGGCAGUCCUGUUCACCCCCUGCAUGGUCAUGGCCCCAUUUGCCGAUAGCUUCGGGCCCGAGUUCAGAAAAUCGUGGCUCCAGAUCGUGCAUCGGACACUGGAGAGAGCAGGCCCAGCUUUCAUAAAGUGGGGCCAGUGGGCCGCCACACGGCCUGAUCUAUUCCCGAGGGACUUGUGCGCCGAGCUCUCCAAGCUCCAAAUGAAGGCACCGCAGCAUAGCUUCGCCUACACUAGAAAAACGAUCGAAAAGGCGUUUGGUAGUAAAAUUUCUGAAAUAUUCGACGAUUUUGAGGAGGAGCCCGUUGCCUCAGGGAGCAUUGCGCAGGUCCACCGGGCUUCCCUGCGGGCCCGGCACAGUCGGGCCAAGCCCAUUUUGGUGGCGGUUAAGGUGAGGCACCCGGGGGUCGGUGAAUCCAUAAAGAGGGAUUUUGAGAUAAUUAACUUGGUUGCGAAGAUUUCAAAAUUCGUGCCUUCCUUGAAUUGGCUGAGGCUGGAUGAGAGUGCUCGGCAGUUUGCCGUGUUCAUGAUGUCACAGGUUGAUCUUGCUCGGGAGGCUGCUCAUCUGAGCCGGUUUAUAUACAACUUUAGGAGGUGGAGGGAUGUGUCUUUCCCUAAGCCCGUGUACCCGCUUGUUCAUCCGGCGGUCUUGGUGGAGACUUUCGAGCAUGGGGAGAGUGUCUCUCACUAUGUGGAUGAGAUUAGGGGAAAUGAUCGUGUUAAUAGUGCCUUGGCCCACAUUGGGACCCAUGCACUGCUAAAGAUGCUUCUGGUGGACAAUUUUGUCCAUGCUGACAUGCAUCCAGGUAACAUUCUCGUCCGUGUGGCUCAGACCAAGCCGAAUAUCAAAAAGCUCUUUAAAACCAAACCCCACCUUAUUUUCCUUGACGUGGGCAUGACUGCCGAGCUCUCAAAGAAUGAUCGUGUGAAUUUACUCGAGUUUUUCAAGGCUGUUGCCCGUCGAGAUGGUCAAACAGCAGCCGAGUGCACACUCAGAUUAUCAAAACGGCAAAAAUGCCCAGAGCCCAAGGCUUUCAUUCAGGAAGUGAAAAAAUCUUUCGAUUUUUGGGGUACGCCGGAAGGUGAUUUGGUGCAUCCUGCUGAGUGCAUAGAGCAAUUACUAGAGCAAGUUCGCCGUCAUAAAGUAAAUGUUGAUGGCAAUGUUUGCACUGUUAUGGUCACAGUUUUGGUGCUCGAGGGCUGGCAACGGAAGCUCGACCCGGAUUAUGAUGUCAUGCAUACAUUGCAAACACUUCUCUUGAAAGCCGAUUGGGCCGAGUCGCUUUCCUAUACGAUUGAAGGGCUGAUGGCGCCCUGA